AUGGUGCGGGAGUCAGAGCCCCUACCAGCUGAUAUGAUAUUACUAUCAUCAUCCCAUGGUGCCGAUCCUAAGAAGGGUUGUGUAGCGUACAUGGAGACCAGUAAUCUUGACGGGGAAACUAACCUCAAGACUAGGCAAGCGCCCAAGCUGGUAUCGGAUAUCACAUCUGGCAGAAAGACCAAGAGGGCCAAUCCUCCUGCCUCGGCUCAGGUGGAGAUUGCUUCUCCAGACAAGCAUACUGAUGAUGAUGAGGGUGGCCCUCUGUCGAUCGAGCGACAAUCCACUAGAUUCAUAGCGAGGAUGGAGCCUCUAGCAGCUUUGGUUGAUACCAUGACAAUGCAAUUCGAAGCUCCUACGGCUGAUUUGUUGAAGUUUAGAGGCUCGAUAAGUCCAUUGAGUAACACUGAGGAUGAGGGUACAAUCCAACCUUUGAGCAUGGAUAACAUGCUACUUAGAGGCUGCAAGCUGAAGAAUACACCUUGGGCUAUAGGAGUAGUGGUCUAUGCUGGACAUGAAUCGAGAUUCAUGAUCAGCAAUCAUGGUA